GUUUUUCUUUAAAAAAAAAGUUGAAGUGUGACUACCGUAAUAACACCGUAGAAGUAGCUGGAAAUUGAUUUCUUGUCAUAUAUUAUGCCUGAUUUUUCCUGGUUCCUGUUUUCGUAAAAGACGCAUUUAGUAAAGUUUUAAUGGCGUUGGAUAUAUCUGCCAACAACACAUCAGGAGAAGCUUUAGAACAGUUAGAAAUAAUUAGAGUUAACCAUGACGAAGCAUACCUUUAUGUAUCACAAGGCCUUUCUUAUCAAGAACAAAAGCAAAUUGAUCUUGCAAAAGACAUGUAUAACAAAGGACUUGAAAAAAUAGAUAAAGCUCUAAAUGUUCGAUGUGAUCGGCCUUAUUGCAUUGGUCCAAAAUGGGAUAAUGCACUUAAGUUGCAACAAAAAAUGCGAAAAACUUCUCAGAUGAUCAAAAGCCAACUUCAAGAGCUAACAAAAACAAACUAUUGUGUCAGUCCACCAUACACACCACCUGAACCCUUUGAAAUGCCUCCUAGUUAUGAUGAAGCUUGUGAACAUGAGUUGCUUCCUGAUGAUCCUUUAGCUAGCAGGAAAAUUUCAGAAACAAGACGUUCUUCUUACCCUCUUACUUCUGAAAUGAAACAGCCACCAGCCACCAAUGGUAGUCAGAGGAAGAGUACUGAAGUUGUUGAACUUUUUUCUAUACCUAAUGAUGUUCAGCUGUUUUUUGUGUCAUAUGAUGGAUCAGUUACAGCUAGUUCAUCUCAGACAGCAUUGACUAUUUAUCAGUUUGUUGACCAUGAUGCUAUUUCAAAUGGUGACACCAGUCGACCUCCUGCUUGGCUUCAGAUUGGAGGUUGGACUUAUCCUUUGGUACCUGGACAGUCACCUGCUUUUGAAAGUGGAUAUGGUGCCUUAAUCUUUCCAAAUAUUGGUGCUGGACGAGAUUCGGCAGUUGGAGUAAUUUUACCUCCAUCCGUCGAUCCCGUUCAAAGGCGGGAAUUUCUUGAUCUCCUAAAUCGCCUUACUGCUCUGAAGGAAGAAUAUGAUUCUUCAGCAGAUGAAACAAAAUACUCGGCUCGUAAGGAAUCAUUUAGUGAUACUUUAUCAAGAGGUAUUGUUACAGGUGCAGAGUACAUAUCUGCUGGUCUAGUAAAAGGUGCUGCCCUAAGUAGUGAUCUGAUACAUAAAGGCGCUUCAAAAGCUCGUCAAAAAAUUAAUCCUGAAGAUAGACCUGUUGCUGUUGAUCCUCGUGUUAGAGAGGGUUUGAAAAUUGCACGGGAGGCUUCAGGGGUUGUUUUGAAAGCUACAGGUUUUCUUGUUAAGAGGUUGGGUGACCUAACUGUUGCUCUUGGAAAGCAACUUGCACCCCACAUUCGUGAACAUGGCACUAAAAUUCUUACAUGCGCUUUUAAAAAGGAUCCUGCUGAAGCUAAAGAUACAAUAGAUGGAGUGCUUACAGUUGCAGCUGGAGGUCUACAAGGGUUUUCUACUGUAUACAAUGGCUUGGAGAAUGCUGCUAGAACAUUGGCUUACAGCUUAAGUACCGAAACGGUAAAAAUCGUGGAUCAUAAGUAUGGAAGUGAAGCUGGUGAAGUUGUAGGGAAUGCUAUUUUCUCGAUUGGAAAUCUGGCAUUAACAACACACAAUGUUCAAUCAUUGGGUAUUAAAUCAGUUGCCAAGCGAACAGCAAAAGAUGCAGGGAAAGCUGUUCUGAAAGAUUACAUUGAACAUAAAAAGCCAGUUGGAAAAUAGAUUUGUAUUUCUGGUUGUUGUGUAUUAAAAUAACGAGGUUCAGUAUUUUUUUUUUUUUUUUCCUUCCAGUUUGCAUGCAUUUUUAAAGUCUAGCAAUAUAUACAGUAUUUACAAUUAUUAGGCUUUUUCUUUUUUAGUUAUAAUGGUUUUAAGAUAUUAACUUACUUUUACUUUUGUUGAGUACCAUGUCUUUCAUUGUUUUUUUAACUUAGAUCAAGUUGUAUGAUUUCAGUAAAUAGUUUUAAUUUAUUUUUAUUGGUUGUGGGAUAUAAAAUACUCAUAAUUUACGACAUGCUAGUAUAUUUUAAUACAUAAUCAUCUUAUGUGAAAUAAAUAUUUUCAUAAAAAUCAAUUUAUGUUUAUGCAUAAAAUAAUUUUAGAAUAAUUCUGCUGAAUGUUAAUGUUGAAAUAAAAUACAAAAUUUUGUAUUUAUAAUAUGUAGCACAAAAGUCUUUUCAUUAAAAAUUUUAUAAUAUAGCAUUUGUUUUUAGCAAUUAUUAUUAUUUUAUACUGUCUUAUUCUCAGAAACAAACUGUGAUAUGCUCUUGAUAAGGGUAAAAUAUUCCAAAUUAUUUUUCUAUUUAUGGAUAAUUUUGGAAACAGAAUGAAUGUUUGAAUAUUGUUAAGUUAUAUUGUUAGUGCUUCAUAUAUGCAGCUCAAAUUUUGUUAUACAUCAAUAAGAUGUUUUUUCUUAUUCUCUCCAGAAUGAUUUUUGUUGAAUAAAAAUCAAUUAAGAAUUUAUAAUUAUGGAAUAAUAAAGUUCAAUAAAAUACACAGCUAAUAUGUUUUGAUUUUUAAAUGUAUGCAAAGUACAGCCUUGUUCCACUGGUUCUAUAAUUCAUUGCAUGGGUGUAUUAAAUUGCCUCCUUAAUUGUAUUGCAUGCUUUGCAAAACCUAUUUACUUGUGAAGUAUUGAAUGGUUUCAGAUAUCAACUACCUGUAAAUAUAUGAUAUUUAGCAUUACUUAGUUUUCUUCAUUAGUUUCACAACCCUUCAGCUAGAAUAUUAUAUAUAUUCCUUACAAAUUUGCUAUGAAUCCUAAUAUUUUUAUCAUUUAAUAUCAAAUUACUUGAAAAGGAAAAGUAAACCUUCUUUUUCACAUAAUAUUUAACAGUUUUGAUGCUGUUAGAAAAUAUUUGCUUUCAAAUUCAAAACUGAACAUGAAUCUUUCUAUAGUUUUUUUUUUUUUACUUUAAUAGAAAAUAGUUAAGCUUAGCAGCAGAUAAUUUUGCUUGGUAAUUUUUCUUUUGUGAUUCUGUGUAAAAAUAUUGUAAUGAUUUUAGCUGUCUUUUUUUCAAUAAAUUUAUGAAUUGGCAUACUAUUAAAAUAUAUUAAUAAGAAAUGCUGAAAAUUGGUAAUGUAAUGUGAGAUAUCCAACCUAAUUGUAAAAGGAAUCUAACAAUAUUUGUGCCUGCAGGAACAAUUUCACAAAGAAAUAAGUAUGUGCAAUUUAUAUCACCUGGUAUUAGUAAUGCAAAUUAUUAAAUAUCGCAGAAAAUAAAAUAAAGAAAAAUUGUGCCGCAAAUUUUGAUGCUAAACAUAAAAUAUACAGGCCAUAUCCAUAAGUCUUCAUGCAGCAUUUAUUUUUAUAACAUCAGUUAUGAAAUAUGCUUCCAAAGUGUUUUAAAUAAUGCAAAUAUUUUAAAUUAAAAAACCACUCUUGUAAAUGUAAAUUUAACUAUUUUUAAGUUACCACAGUCCCUAUAGUUACAUUAAGUAAAAAUAAAAUUCCAAAAGCUUAACUCCCAUGCAACAAAAAUUGAUGGAGUUAUUCUAACAAUUUUCAUUAAAAAUACUUUUUAAGAUUUUUCAUAUAUGAGAGUUUGUUAUUUUUAAAGUUGACAUGAGACAUUUUUAUAGAAAUUUAUUUCUAAUUGUAUUCUUUCUGGAGAGUUAAAGAUAGACAGGGUAUAAAUUAAAGAUUCUAUUGCAGCUAAAAGGUACCUACUAUAGAAGUUACUUUCUAAUCACUUGUUUUUAGUAACUAGGUUUACAUAAGUUAUUUUUUAUUUUAUAUACUAUUUGAAUGUUUUUAUAAAGAGCUUUAUUGUGUUAAUAAUAUGCUAUCUAGAAAUGGCUCAAACUAUGAAAUAUAUCUGUAAUGAUAAGUGGAAAUGUUCUAUACUUAAAUUGUUAAUUUAUACAAAUGAAGUUAUUAAUUGAAAAUACAAUGAAAUGUGUACAUCUGUGGCAUUCAAAAAAAUGUUCAAAAAUGAUUUCUGUGUCAUCAGAAUAUUUUAUUUCCUUCUGUUUAUUUUUGAAAUAGUAUUAGACAUCUAUUUUGUUUGUGUGAUUUUUUUAAUACAUGUCAAGAAAUGUUGAUGUUAAUUUUUUUUUUAAAUUAUCAAAUAUGUCAAGAAAUACUUUUCUUUUGCACAUUUAUCCCAAGCAUACGUUUAAUAAUCCGAACUACUUAAGCUUCUAGUUUCAUCUUAACAGCACAAUUUUCUUUUUACAUGUAAAGAAAUUGUUACAUUUUUAUACUUGUUUAAAUUACACAUUGAAUUUUUUUAUGAUUGCCUUACAAGUAAAUAUAAAUUUGCCAUGCAGAUGAUGAAUGUUAACUUUAUAUGCAACUAGAGAAUGUAGUGAUGCAUUUCUCGUGUUACCAGAUAUAAAAUUUUAUGCUUUUGUAGAAAAAUGGAAGCAGUUUCAUGAAUAAAGAAUAUUCUGGUAUA